GAGAACCUUACAUUCCAAGUUAUAUGGAUCCAUCAUCUGGUCCUGAACCAUGUGUUGUCUGUGGUGAUAAUGCUACUGGUUUUCAUUAUCGUGCUAUGACAUGUGAAGGUUGUAAAGGCUUUUUUCGACGUUCUGUACAGAAGAAACUCGUGUAUACCUGUAAAUUUCAAGGUCGUUGUUCAGUUGCCGAUAAACAGAAUCGUAAUAGCUGUCAAAAAUGCCGUUUCGAUCGAUGCAUCAAAGGUGGUAUGGCUAAAGAUCUUGUCCUCGACGAAGAUAAACGUCUAGCAAAACGUCGCCUGAUUGAAGCGAAUCGAGCACGUAAACGAGCUGAAGCUGCCGCGGCAGCAGCUGAAGCUGUCGGUAUCUCCACCUCACCUGUGGACUCCACACGGCUUCCUGAGGCAACAACACAUAAUCUCCUUAAUCCUAUAAAUCCUAUAAAUAUCUCGUCAAAUUAUCAAAUGAUAUACAAUCCACCCAUAUCUAUAUCAUCAAACACACUGCCUACAUCUGUUCUUAUGUCAAGCAUUCCACAACAGCCAACAUUCCAUUCGAAUGGCCUGAUAUUUACGCAUCAGUAUACAAUGAAUCCAACACCGAUCGGCGGUCAGCAGAUUCAUCAUUCAACUGCGAAUCAGUUCAACUCAAUCAUAGAAGUAGGUAAUACUAGUCUUUCUUCAACGAUAACACCCUCGUCUAUUGUGAAUGAGGAAACGAUACAAACGAUAAAAUCACCAACCACAACACGGAUGACGCAUACAUCACAACCAGUAAAUACUUUAUACUGGCCACCAGUAUACACUACCAACGCAACCACCAGCAACAACAGUGGCACAACAACAAUAACACCAUGUUUCACUAAUCCUGUGAAUACAAAUCCCCAGCAUCAUCAACAUCAUUCUACAUUUCAAGUCAAAUCGAUCCAUGAAUCAGGGAACAGUGUUCAACUACAGAGAAGUACAAUCCAACAGAUGGAUAAUAAUAAUAAUAGUACAACAACAUUACAACCUUUCAAUCAACAUCAUCAUUACCUGAAUUCACCGAAUGAAAGUCAAAGGAGUCAACAACAAUCUAAUAUAGUGAGUGUGAAAAACUUGCCCAAAUCUAUAGACAUUCAUCAGAUAUAUAACAAGAGCCAUAAUAGUGUUGACAAUACCAAUGUAUAUUGUGAACGUCAGUUAUAUUCGCCUAUAAUAACACCAGAUAAAUGUCCACCUCUUCUUGUCUGUGGUAAAACAACCAGAAAAGCAACAGCAACAACAACAACAACAACCAGAACACUAAUUCAAAAUGAUCAUAAUAACACUUCGCUGCCUUUAUCUUUCAAACAAAAUGGUUGUGGGAGCAGCAGCACUAAUAGUGGUAGUAGUAGUAGCAUUAGUGGGAGUAGUGGUGCUGGAAUCGAUUCCAGUGAAACAGGAUACAAUGAUUGUCCAUGGACAAUUGAAGAUCAAAAUAUGGUUGAUUCUAUUGUACAAGCUUAUAGUAAUAUGUUAAAUCCAAAUUUUAAACAAAAGGAUGACGGUGUAGAUAUUGACAAAGAUCCAGAGAAAGCAUUCUACGCUUCAACAGAUUCAAAGAUCACAUCACUUAUUGAACCAAUGAUUGCUUCACUUGUUGCAUUCGCUAGAUUAGUUCCUGGAUUUGAAUUGCUGGAUGCCAACGAUCAAACACGUCUACUGCGUGGUUGUUGUCUGGACAUUAUCACUUUACGUGCUGCCUAUCUACUGAGUCGUAUAGCUAUAACACUUGGAAUUAUUGAUUCAAAUGGACAUCAUAAUAAGCCCCAAUUGAUGAUGGUGAACACAUUGUCAGUAGGAGGAAGAGUAGUGGGCGAGUCAAGUGAUCCCCUGCACUCAGGUAUAGCAACACACCACCAACCACCACAACACGGUGUCACAUCGAUUAUUCCAAAUAAUAUCUAUCCACAACUUGGUACUUCUGAUGCUAAAUGUGCACAAAUGAUACGUGGUGUUGCACUGAAGCUAGCUCGUCUAGAAAUUGAUCAAACUGAAGUCGCUUUAAUGACAGCUAUUUUAUUAAUGUCACCGGAUCGUUUUGGUUUAACCGAUUGUGAGACAGUUGAGCAUACACAAGAUAUCUUAUUGGAGACAUUUAAUCGUUAUGCUAAUCGUAUACGAAAGUUACGUUCUGUACGACUUCAGCCAAACCGUCUAUCGUUGGCAUCACAACCGCCACAACCCCAACAGCAACAACAACAAUUACAACAUCAACAAUAUUGGCCAAGAAUUUUAAUGGCGCUAACAGAAUUACGUUCAAUCACAUUGUGCAAUCAAGGCUUGUUUGUAGAGAAAGCAUUCGACACUAGUAUUGAACAACUGCCAUGGUAUUUUCGUGAACUGUUCACUGGAGAUUUUAUGCUACAAGAGACUAAUAGAUUGCCUUCAAAGAUUAACAGUAAUAAUAAUAUGACAUAAAUGCAAGCGCCCAACACCUUAUACACACAUAUAUGUGUGUGUGUAUUACUGAUAGUCUACCUCAGAAAUAACAUCCAGUGUGUGUGUGUGUGUGAAUGUGAAGAUCAGAGGCACACUUUUUGAAGUGUCAGAACCGUCUGUGAAUUGUUUUCUUCCUCUAUCUAUCUCCCUCUCGUGUAUUUUCCUUGCUAUUCUCUUUUAUCCCUUGUCUUGAACGCUGACUGGAUGACCAUAAAUGAAAGCGAUAUACAUGAUGAAAACAAGCUGUUGUGAUCUGGCUUGUUUUAUAACAUAGGAUCCAUCUAUCUUUUCUGUUGAGUACACAUCACUUGGAUGCGUGGUGGUGGUGUUUCAUUCAUUCUAUAUUCGAGACCAUCACCACCCCCAUUACCACGGCGACGACGACGACGGCGAAGAGUACUCACUCAUAUCUAUUAGGAAAAUAGAAAAAAAAUAAAGAAACCUCCUUUAACUUUUAUUCGUAGAUUAGGUAGAUGAUCUCUUAAUAUUUUUAUGUGUGUGUGUGUGUCUGUUGCCCCCGUCUUUUUUCCUCUUCCGGUUAUAUACUACUUAUAAUACUACUACUGUUCCUUAUAGUAGUAGUAGCAGUCGUACCACGAUUACCAUCUUAUAGGAUAUUAUAUAUUUAUAGAAUUUAUCCAGGGACAAUAAUCCUUGGACAAUUAUGUGUGUGUGUUUUUGCUAGCUUAUUUUAUUUUAUUUAUUUAUCUAUUUAUUUUUCUUUACUUCAAGUAGACCCCUACUACCACUAAUACUUUUACUUCUAACUUUGUGUUUAUUUCCUUGAUUACUGCUUUCAUUUGAGUGGACGACCCGUUCAACCACGAUAACUAGUAAUAUUAAUAAUGAUAAUAAUAAUAAUAAAACGUAAUAUUGUUUCUUUUUUUAUAAUAAAUUUAUUUUCGCUUGUUUUUUGAUCCUUGUUCUUGUUUCUCUGAAAAGAAUCAACUUAGCUCUCCCCACCCCACCCCACCCCGUCCUCUAUUCUCAAGUAAACACUUUAGGAUUUUAUCAAUCAUUUGCGCUCGAGUUCUUCUCUCUCUCUGUAUUGUAUGUCCGUGUUUUGUUUUUGUUUUUCUUACCAGAGGGGAGGCUUUACUGCCUUCACUGAUCUUAAAUGCGAUGUGUGGUCCUUGUGUGUGUGUGUGUGUGUGUGGGUGGGCGGCUGUGUGUAUCUCCUUCUGUGUAAAUAACACACUAUCCUUGACGCUUGUACUCUUCUUCUUCAUCUUCUUGGAAGUAUGUAAGAUAUCUUUGAUGGUAUUCGUCUGUACAAUCCCCUAAAACCACCUCGAUCCCUACCCUAUACACACACACCACCCGCAUCAAUUCUGCUGUACUACUGUUAUUAUUAUUAUUUCUCUUGCUUGAAAAUGUGAUCCUUUUUGAUAUUCUAUUGAUGCUUCCUUUACGAAGGUAAGCAGACAGACAGAGAGACAAGUGAUGACGCCUAACGUGAAAAACGUAUCAAGAGGCGUAUAAACCAACCAUCAAACAAACAAAUAAACUGUGGUUUUCCAUUUGCUUUGCCAAUUUCAGUUUUUGAUAUGUAUUUUUCUUUGUGUGUAUAAAUGUUUGCAUGCUGUCUUGCUAUUUCUCUUUGAGUUUUUACAAUUCCUCCUCACCCCUCCCUCGCGCUUUACCCGACUCUGUCUCUUUCUUUCUUUCUCUUUUUCUUACUGUUGUUUUUCAUAAUAGAAUUAAUUCCUUUUUUUUGCCAAUCUUGCGGCUUUUUUCUUUUUCCUAGCCAAGGAUGGUUAGGGAAGGGUAAUUUGGUGCACGGUGGAAUCGACGAGGUAGCUAAUUGCGUCCUAUUUUUGGAUGUACCUGAGUUCCCUAGUGAGUGAUGAUGUU